AUGUUGAUUAUCGUGAAUUGAACGAAAUAUUCGUUGUGUUGGGGUGACUCCAUUUAUACUGCGACCACAUGACUGUUUUUUCUGAGGGACUGUCAGCUGAUUAAUAUGGAAUUGUUUGACAGUCGUUAGUGAUACCUGUGAUUUGUUGGGAAUAAUAAUUAACAGUGACAUGUUGAGCGUCGAAUGUGAGAAGAGUGAACUAGGUGGUGGAUUAUCGAGUUUAGAUGAAGUUCAGGGAAAUUCCUCAAUUUCAGAGGAAUUGAGUCAUGAAAGCGUUGAGGAGCAGGUGGAGAGACCCCAUGUGUGUCCAGAGUGUGAUCUCAGGUUCGACCGAGCCUCUCAGCUGGAUUACCACCAGCGGAGUGUUCACCUUGGAGAGAGAACUCAGACGUGUCAAAUAUGUGGGAAACGUUUCUUCAGGAAAACCGAUUUAAAUACUCAUCUGAAUAUACAUCUUGGGACGAAUCAAUCUGUUUGCAAUAUUUGUGGCCGUAAAUUCAAUCACGUCUCCAAUUUAAUUCGACAUUCUCGAAUCCAUGCUGGGAUGAAGCCUUACCCCUGCUCAGUAUGUGGAAAAAGAUUCACUCAAAUCAGUUCAGUGGUGAGACACAAACGCAUUCAUGAGAGGAAAUUGAAUGGUCUUGUCGGAGAGGAGAGAGACACUGGAGUCAGGAAAUUGAUGAGGAGACGACAUUAUUGCAAAAUAUGUGGAGAUACUUUUCCUUUUGUUGUUCUCCUACGACAGCACGAGAGAAAACAUUUUGGAGCUGACAACAACUUUGAAUGCAAUUAUUGCAAAAUGCUAUUUGGAAGUCAAUCAUUACUUGAAGCCCACAGAUGUAAAUUGAAUAAUUUCCAAGAUGAGAAAGCUGAAUCCACGAAUUUGCGAUUAAUACAUGGGGACCUGGGUCAGCAGUUAUUCGAACUGGACAUGGAUUAUUUAUCUGAAAAAGAUCUGGACCAGUCCCGGGCGAAUUCCCUGGAAGAAUCUGUGGAGAUUUGUUUGAUAAACAAAGAUCUGAUGGAGCAGUUGGACCUCCACAGUCUAGGGGACCUGCAGAAUUCCUUUAAUCUUCCAAGUACUCAUACUGGUGAUCCUCAGAGGUACCCAGAGGACUCGGAAUUCGAGCAGGUGAAGCCCUCAGACUUCCUGACAACCUUCGAGGAAAUCAUCGGGUACACACAGGAGAGCCAAACUCCAGGUGUACGGCUGGUGCAGCACGAGGAAGGGGACCAGUUCUUCGAGCUCGUCCGAGACCCCUCCACAUACCUCGGGGAUGAUGCAACGAGCUCUAAAUAUUACAGUACUGAUAUGGGAGACAAUCCCCAGAGGACCCAAGAGGCUGAGGAUUCAAGUACCAAUGGCAUCGAGAACAUCCAGGAUGUGGCAAAUGACAAAAACACAAUCCCCAAGAGAUCACGAAAAAAGCCAUCGACUGAGAAAACGAAAAGUCAAGAGCAGAGGUAUGAGUGCACGAUUUGCAAGAAAAAAUUCUCGACAGCUUCGAAUCUGAAGCAGCACACUGGUACCCACUUCCUGGAUCAGCAGAAAUUCCACUGCAAAGAGUGUGGCAUGACGUUCGCCUGGAAGUCAACCCUGAAUAAACACCUGGCGAGUAAUCACAGGCCCGAUGGACCCCAGAAAUUCGUAUGUGAAAUUUGCCCCAGGGUUUAUCCAACUCUUUCCCAGGUAAACGAGCAUGUGAGAAGGGAUCACCUGAAGGUGCGCAAUCACGUGUGCGAGGAGUGUGGGAAAUCCUUUUUCAAGAAGUUUGAUCUCAAGUCCCAUAUGAGGACUCACACCAAGGAGAGGCCCUAUGUCUGUCGAAUAUGUGAUAAAACUUUCUACCAUCAGAGUCAUAUCAUAAGGCACGAGAGGAUUCACUCGGGGGAACGUCCGUACUCUUGUACCUUCUGUCAUAAAACUUUUUCACAGAUGAGUUCAUUGAAAGUUCAUAAGCAGAGGCACCAGAAUGAAACCAGAAUCGAUAUUUUGGAGUACCAGGGAAAUGAGGAUGAUCCUAUGGCACUGAAUACUUUUUGAUGUCGUUUGAUUAAUACAAUUACAUUUUUUUGAUUACAUUGGUGUUUCCGUCAUUUAUUUAUGGAUAAAAACAAGAAUAAA